GAGCAGGCUGUGGUGUCAUCCGUGUGCUGUUAUAAUACAGAAGGAGUAGAACCUGUCCUAUAAUAUUACAGGAGGAGCAGACUUUACAGGACUCACACUAGUUUGGGAUUAAGUUACUGGUGUGUGCAGCACGCUACCCAGAGUUUGUACGUUCCUGUUCACCUGUCGUCUCCUUUUUAGAGAAAUGUUGCGCUUGUGUACCAGAGGCAGGCGAGUGGAGUGUGAGUUCUGCUGCAGGGGCCACUUUGACCGUUGUAUCCGAAGUGUACUGGACUAAGAUACGUAAUUACAAUAGAGUUCUAGAAGUCCUAUAGAACAGGCGUAAGCGACCUACGUCACACCAGCUGUUGUGAAACUACAACUCCCAGCAUGAAUGGAGCUUGCUGGGAAGUUUAGUUUCACAACAGCUGGAGUUACAAAGGUUGCUGCCCCCUGUUAUAGAACAUGAAAUGCAUCCUUUGCCUACGUACAAGAAGAAAAUAAAAACAAGGAGCACAAGAAACCUAUUGUCUGUGAGAUCACACUAUGAGAAAACAGUGACUUGAACAACUAGGGAAAAAGAGUCUACAGAUCAACAUGUGGAUAAUGUAUUUCUUUUGUUUCUCACUUUGUGUUUUCUUUAGAUCCUAUGAAGACGUUGUGUGUCCUCCUUAAGUCACAUACCUGACAGAAACAGAAUGGAUGAAUAUCAGAGUGACAUGACUGAUUCGAUGAAGAUGGCGAAAAACAAAAGCCACAUCACAAAGAUUAUCUUAAACCUCACUCUGGAGAUCAUAUACAUGCUGACAGGAGAGGAAUACACUGUAGUGAAGAAAACAUCUAGUGAGUGUUUGAUUCCCAGUAGCCGCCCCUGUUUGUCAGAAGGAUGGAACAAGACCCAAAGCCCCAUGGUGGAGUCUGCAUCUGACUCAGUGAUACAUGACAAAAACAAUGAUCAGAGGAUUCUGGCACUAACCAACAAGAUAGUUUAUCUUCUGACUAGAGAGGUUCCUAUAAGAUGUCAGGAUGUCACUGUCUAUUUCUCCAUGGAGGAGUGGGAUUAUUUAGAAGGACAUCAGGAUGUGUACAAGGACAUCAUGAUGGAGACGCACCAGCUUCUCACAUCUCCAGGUAACAGAUUUUUUUAAUGGUAAAAGAGAGUGUCACUUAGAUAAUGCUAAUCUGAUUAUAAACCAUGGGGUAAAUGUACUAAUACUGUUACAAGGACCAUUAAUCUGGGCAGUUAUAUUUCUAAGAACACUACUUCCCAAUAAUUGCUCAAUUUAAAGAUGUCACUGAUCACUCAGUGAAUGUGAAGACUCAUUUAUCAGGUGAAACCAUCACUAAAACAGUCACCUAAAUCAUAAUUUCUGGGCAGGAGAAUAUGCCGUGUAAAGAGACCAAGAAACAAUGAUUCUGUAUGGA